AUGUAUAUCAGGGCAAGAUCCAAAUUUUUCUUGUACGUAGCGGCGGGCUUCUUUGGGAUCCGUAAAGACAAGAUCCGUACCGUUGUGUGUCACCCUGAGUUUGGCAGGGAGGACGACAGCUCUGCUGGAUGGACUCUGAGGAGAAACACAAGCAGAGAAACAAGGAGUCAGUGUGGAGCUGACUGGGGGAGCUCAUCUGGUUCUUCCUGUAACAUCAGCACUGACCCAUGGGACAGUGGAGUUUACUGGUGUGAGUCCAGAGAGGGUCCCAUCAGUAACAUGGUUAACCUGACAGUCACUGGUGGAUCAGUGAUCCUGCAGAGUCCUGUCCUCCCUGUGAUGGAGGGAGAUGACGUCACUCUGCUCUGUAAAACAAAGACCACUCCCUCCAACCUCCCAGCUGCUUUCUAUAAAGAUGGCUCCCUCAUCAGGAAGCAGCCUACAGGUCACAUGACCAUCCAGCAUGUUUCCAGGUCUGAUGAAGGCCUCUACAAGUGUGACAUCAGCGGUCAUGGAGAGUCUCCAUCCACCUGGAUCACUGUCACAGAAAAACUUACAACCACACCUCCACCUACCACUACAACUAUUCCCACCGCUCCAGAGCUGACCGCUGACUCCUCACUACAGCUUGCAUUCAGAAUAGUCCUCCACCUGGUGGUGUUCUGUCCAUAUAUCAUCUCCACUCUCCUCAUGAUGUCUUUAUAUCAAUGCAGAGCCAAAGGAAAUGACAUCAGUGAGUUAACCAAGCCCACUCUGCCUGACCAGGGAUUGGAUAAUGAGCAUGAUGAUGUAAUCACUGAUGUCACCACAGAGUAUCACUUCUGAAUCAGAGCUUUGUUGUGUCUCUUUGAGUCUCACUAACUUUGUCCUCUCCAUCUCUGAUGUGGAGAUUAUUUCAAUAAAUGGACUCUGAUGAUCAUCUCUGGAUAUUUUUAUAUAGAAAAACAGCAAAAAUUCCUGCUCAGAGGAGGAGAUCAUCAUGUACUGUGUGUGUGUGCAUCACUGCAGCUCUGUCACUGAAAGAAGUUUUCAGCUUAUUUUUAGAUGAAAGACAUUUUCAGGUCAAAUAUCAGAGAAAAAGGCAAAGUCAUGCUACUUCCUGUUUAAUUUUGGUAUUUUAUGUUUCCACAUCCUACCUGAUCCCCUCACUGGAGUAGCUGGUGUCCUGGUGGUUCUGACUGGAAUUAAAUCUACGUGUCACUCACAGAUACUGUCAUAGUGUUUUGGUGCCUGAUGAACUGUAAACACAUGAUCACAUGACUCAGACUGAACUCAUGCAGUCUUUGUCUUUUCACCUCUUCCUGAAUCAACAUAAACUGUGAAUUUUUCAGUGAGCCUAGAAAGUGUUCUUGUUGGUGCUUUUGUUAUUAAAGCCACAUCCUGUGAAACAUCUGAAACUG